UAGCUUUAUUAUGUCAAUAUCAAUUUAACCGUACUCUUUGUGAGUGACUGGUUUACUCACAGUGAUUCCUGUUUUCUUUGUGAAGGUUGAUCCUCUCUCGUCUCCUCUGGGGGGUGCUGCUGAAGAUGGUUACACAGAGAUUGUGGAGAAACUGAUAUCAGCUGGAGCUCUCAUCAACUACCAGAACAAGGAUGGUGCUACUCCACUCUAUAUGGCCUGUCAGAAUGGACACAAGCAGACAGUUGAUGUUCUGUUGAAGAAUGGAGCAAAUGUUAAUCUGACCUGCACAGUUGGUUGUCUCUCAUCUCCUCUGGGGAGAGCUGCUGAAAAAGGUCACACAGAGAUUGUGGAGAAACUGAUAUCAGCUGGAGCUCUCAUCAACUACCAGAACAAGAAUGGUGCUACUCCACUCUAUGCGGCCUGUCAGAAUGGACACAAGCAGACAGUUGACGUUCUAUUGAAGAAUGGAGCAAAUGUUAAUCUGACCUGGACAGUGAGUUUAAUUAACCCUUCCUGCACAUGGGCAAUGAGGGUUAUGGUACUAUGUCUGGAGUGUGUGUAUGUAUCUCCUUCUCUCUGUUACCCCACAAUGUGCAACACGGGGGGCCUAAAGUGCAACCACCAAAUUUAGCGCUAAAGAUGGAUAUCUGCCAUUAAACACAUAUCUACGUCGC